AUGACGCGCAUUUCUUUCCUUUCAAUUCAUGUAAUUUUGCUGCUGCUCCCUUUACUUUACUGCUUCGCUUUUCAUGUCCCUCUUCUAUCAAAACCCGCUAUCACAAAACUGGAUAAAAAUGGAGACGACCUCAAGACUUUACUUCUAGAAGACUCUUUCACAGCUUUCCAAGCAGGACAAGAGAAACUAAAUCAAGGAAAUCUCAAGUCUAUCAUUGAUACAACAAAACUCAUAGGAACAUUCAAAAACAUUUUCAAGGCGAAGACCCGACCCAAGACUCCUGAAAGUGAAGUUUUAAUCACCUGGGAAGUAUGCUAUGAUAUUGCUCAAAAGAUUUUCGAAUCAUCUGAGUCUUCUGAAGUAAAAUCCAUGGCCAAAGCUGUGCUAGACCUAGGCUCUGAUUUUGAUUUUCACCAACAUGAUCCACGAUUUAAAAUGGGAGAUGUCAUAUCUGCUAUCACUCUUCAUUCAAUUUCUCUAGAGAAUGAUUCUCUAGAUACAGCGGAGAAGAUUUGGUCCGUUGGGGUACUCUGA